AUGGUGCUGACAGUAAUGAUAAUGUCAACCAUUCAGAUGAAUCUGGUGUGUGACUAUGACAGUGUGGGCCAGGCGCCAGUGUUUGUGUUAUGCUACAGUGUGGCAGGUGCCAGCAGCAAGCUGGCCUGCCAUACUUCCUCAUGGCAGGAGAAGCAUCAGGGAAGCAAAUGCUUUCAGAAGAUGAGCAGCAAGGAGGACCAGGCUCAGGAUGGGCUUUUAGCCCGGAGUCUCAACAAUCGAAACAUCAGUUCUGGGUGGCUGGAUUGUACGUCAUCCAAGAGCGCCGUUGGCUGGGACGGUAGCGAGGUCUACGUCGCGCGGAUCUUCGCUCGAUCGUGCUGUCUCACCGGUGAGGCCGAGAAGCCCGCCAGUCCCGCGCUCCGUCGAACCUGCAGUCCCCGGCCUCCUGCCACCAUGGAGUACCUCAUCGGCAUCCAGGGCCCUGACUAUGUCCUUGUCGCCUCCGACCGGGUGGCCGCUAGCAAUAUUGUCCAGAUGAAGGACGAUCAUGACAAGAUGUUUAAGAUGAGUGAAAAAAUCUUACUUCUAUGUGUUGGAGAGGCUGGAGACACUGUACAGUUUGCAGAAUAUAUUCAGAAAAACGUGCAGCUCUAUAAGAUGCGAAAUGGUUAUGAAUUGUCUCCCACAGCAGCAGCUAAUUUCACUCGCCGAAACCUGGCUGACUAUCUUCGGAGUCGGACCCCAUAUCAUGUCAACCUCCUCCUGGCUGGCUAUGAUGAGCAUGAGGGUCCAGCGCUCUACUACAUGGACUACCUGGCAGCCUUGGCAAAAGCCCCUUUUGCAGCCCACGGCUAUGGUGCCUUCCUGACUCUCAGUAUCCUGGACCGGUAUUACACACCAGCUAUCUCACGUGAGAAGGCAGUGGAGCUUCUUAGGAAAUGUCUGGAGGAGCUCCAGAAACGCUUCAUUCUGAAUCUGCCAGCCUUCAGUGUUCGAAUCAUUGACAAGAAUGGCAUCCAUGACCUGGACAACAUUUCCUUCCCUAAACAGGGCUCCUAACGUCAUGCCCUCCCUCCCACUUGCCAGGGAACUUUUUUUGAUGGGCUCCUUUAUUUUUUUCUACUCUUUUGACGUGUGCUCUCCAUAGAUGGUUAUUUCAGAAUAAAGCUGACUAUGGAUAAAUUGA